AUGUCCACCGCCGAUCCGCCGGUCUCGCCUGCCGGCGUCGGCCUCGGCUACGGGAUCGCCAUCGCCGUCAGCUUCCUCGUCCUCAUUUCCACCAUAAUGCUCGCUUCCUACAUUUGCGUCAGGCUCAAGACCAGCAGCAGCGGCGCCCAUGGUUCCAGAGACAACGGACGCGACGACGAUGUCGUCGUGAGUGAUUACCGGUACCAGCUCCACCACCAGCUCCGCCGCGACAACUCCUCGUCGGAGGCGGCGGAGGAGUUCGUGGCCGGGCUGGAUCUGACGUCGAUCGAGUCGCUGCCCAAGAUUUUAUUGGGGGAGAGCAAGCGGCUGCCCAGGCCCAACAACGGCGGCCCAUGCUCGAUCUGCUUGUCCGACUACCGGCCCAAGGACACGCUGCGGUGCAUCCCAGAGUGCAACCACUGCUUCCACGCGCAUUGUGUGGACGAGUGGCUCCGGGUGACCGCCACGUGUCCUCUCUGCCGGACUUCUCCCGCCCCGUCCCCCGGUCCCACCCCGCUGGCUUCUCCGUUGUCGGAGCUGGUGCCGCUGGCCGUUCAUGUCGCUAGGUAA